AAAAAAGGCGGGUGAGAGGUUUCGUAUUUCGAGCGACAGCCAUGAAAAAUCGCUACAGAGAGCGAUUCCUUCCCCUCCAAAGUACCUGCAGGAUCAAUACGAGGAGGAUUAUUCACCUUUUUUAAUUCUGGACAAUGCAAAUUGACAAUCUUGAUGAUUCGCCCUUGUUCCGCCAACAGAUUCAAAACUUGGAAGAAAGUGCGGACUCAUUGAGAUCCAGAUGCUGGAAGUUCUACAAAGGAUGUCGAAAAUACACGGAGGGCCUUGAAGGGGAAUAUGAUGGGGACAUCGCAUUUGCAAAUGCCCUUGAAACAUUUGGAGGAGGGCCUAGUGAUCCUUUUUUUGAUGUUGUGGGAGGAUCUGUAAUGACGAAGUUCACUGUUGCUUUGAGGGAAAUCAGUACAUACAAGGAACUGCUUCGGUCACAGGUGGAGCACAUGCUGAAUGACCGAUUACUACACUUUCUCAAUGUUGACAUCCUCGAUGCCAAGGAAGCUCGAAAACGUUUUGACAAAGCCUCCAUUCAGUAUGAACAGGCACGGGAUAAAUUUAUGUCUUUGAGGAAAAGCGCCAAGUUGGAUACUGUCGCUGCCGUGGAAGAGGAAAUGCACAAUGCAAGGGACUCAUUUGAGGAAGCCCGUUUCAACCUGGUUAGUGCUCUCAACCAUGUUGAGGCCAAGAAGAGAUUUGAGUUUUUGGAGGCUGUUCCUGGAAUUAUGGAUGCUCAUCUUCGAUAUUUUCAACAGGGACACCAACUAUUUCAGCAGAUGGAACCUUUCAUCAGUGAGGUUCUGAGUAUUGCACAAAAGUCGAGAGAAAAUUACAAUACGGAGCAGAUUUCCCUUCUUGAAAGAAUCCAAGAGUACAAAAAACAAAUUCAUCAAGAUAGUAAGCACAACUCGAAUGGCCCCUCUCCUAAUAGAGACAUGCAGGCUUUUUGUAGGAUACCGAAUGAUGUUGCCGAUGCUGUAAUGGAAUCUGCUGCAAAUGGCAAGGUUCAAAUUCUUCGACAAGGAUAUCUGUCAAAGCGAUCUUCCAAUCUGAGAGGGGCAUGGAAGAGAAGGUAUUUUGUUCUUGAUAGUCGAGGAAUGUUAUACUACCAUCGCAAACCAGGGAACUGGUUGCAAUCGCACGGCGGUGGCCAACAAUCUGCAGCAAAGAAUAAUUCCACAGAACCUAGUUCUGGGCUUUUGAGCCGCCUUGCUUAUCACCAUGCUGUCGUCGAUGAAAAAACCGCCGCACGUCGUGCAGUGAACUUGUUAACAUCAACAAUCAAGAUUGAUGCUGAGCAGACGGAUUUAAGAUUUUGUUUCAGAAUUAUUUCACCAACGAAGAACUUCACGCUGCAGGCAGAAAAUUCGGCGGACCAAAUGGAGUGGGUUGAAAAGAUAACAGGAGUAAUUGCCUCCUUGUUGAAUGCCCAAACAAUAGAAAAGCCUCUCUCAGCUGACUCUGAAGGCAAUGAUGGUAACCCUGCCAGUAGGACCAAUAUGUCGGAAAAUCCUCCGGUUGAUGAUCAGGUUGUAAAAAGUGAAAAGCCAAUUGAAGUUCUUAGAAAGGUGUGCGGGAAUGACAAAUGCGCUGAUUGUGGUAAACCUGAUCCGGACUGGGCAUCCUUAAACCUCGGUAUUCUUAUAUGCAUUGAAUGUUCUGGUGUACAUCGUAAUCUUGGUGUACAUAUAUCUAAAUAUUUGGAGAAGGUCUUUGUUAACCGGAAGAAGAAAACCGAACGUAUCCACUCACUGGCUCACCAGGUGUGGGAAAGCAUCUGUGCCAACGACAAGAGAGCAGUGUACCGACAUAUUGUGAAGUCAGAUGUGGAUCUCAAUACUAUCGGUGAGCGAGUAUCAUAUGGUGUGUCUUCUUGUCUCUCAGCUCCAUUAGCUGGAAUUGGCUUAACAGGUAAUUCUGAGGUGCCUUCUUCAAGUAAUAUAGACUCGUCAUCAAAAAGGGAAAAUCAGCCGACCAGAAAAUCUGAGGUGCCUUCUUCAAGUAAUUCUGAGGUGCAACCCAAAAAACCAGAAAAUCAGCUGGUAGAGGAUAGACAAGAUUGUUCUAGUUCUAGUGUGCUUCAUCAGGCAUGUCUAACUGCCGAUUCAAGCAUGGUGGAGCUCCUUCUCCAGUAUGGUGCUGAUAUAAAUGCUCCAGAUUCAAGAGGUCAGACACCCCUGCAUUGUUGUAUAAUCAAUGGCAAGAGCGCAGCAGCAAAAUUGCUUGCAGUAAGAGGGGCCAAUCCUCACGCUGCGGAUAAAGAAGGCAAUACUCCUAUUGAGCUUGCUUCGAGAUCCGAAUCUAUUGGCGGCGAUGUUUUCUCUCUCUUAGCAAGCAGAUCGCAAGCCCACGAAGCCAGUUAUCACCGGCCGAAAACCUCAGGAGUCAAUGUAUUGGGCCAUGCUGCUGAAGAAAAAGUUCCUUUUUUUGAGGGAAAGGAAAAAAAAUUGGAUUGAAGUGUAGUUAUGAUUGUGUAUCAUAUUUAUACAUAAUGGUGCAUUAAGAUUAAGCUCUGGAUUGAAGUAGGCCAUGGCCAUCUUGCUGGGGGCUCCACUGACCACUGGUGUCCAAAUCUUCAACCAUUUUGGCCCCACCUUAUUCAAAUAUAUAUAUAUAUAUAUAUUUGGAGAAAUAGGAGCAUGGUAUCGUAUGUUCCAAGGUAUGCAUACAAGCUUCCUGAAUGAUUAUUAUCACCAUUCAUUCUAAGAGGUUUAACUUUCUCAAUUUGGACACGUGACGACACUGGAAAACAAGACAUGUAGACCAGCAAAAGCAAAAGCGGGAGACUUCUAAUGUGGG